GCCACCUAGUUGCAAACUCCUUCUCACGAAUUUCUUAUCGUGCGGGUAAUAAGCAUUUUCCUAAUUUUAUCAAUUACAAGUAUGGACGAUGACGCGUGGCAGGACCUCGUGGGCAUCAGCGCCGAUCCGCCCAACAGACGCGACAAGUGCGAGAAGUGCAAACGACCCGUGGUAGUUUGCUGGUGUCCGGCUUUACCGCAUCCACCUGAGGCGGUGGCCUCUCAGAUUGUGAUACUGCAACACCCUGCAGAGGAGAAGAGAUCGCUGCGCACAGCACUGAUGCUGCAGUUGGGUCUGGAGCCGGGAAAAUGUGUCGUCUACAAAGGCAAGCGUUUUCCAAACCAUAGAAACCACGCUGAUCUGCAGAGGAUUCUGGACUCCCCACAAACAUUACUUCUUUAUCCCAGUCGGGACUCAGUCCCACUGGAGGAGGUGGAUCGCAGUGCGGGUCCUUACACACUGGUCCUCAUCGAUGGUACCUGGCCGCAGGCUAAGGCCAUUUAUGCCAGCAGUCCGGCUCUACACCGCCUGCGGCAGGUGAAACUCAUCGCCGUGGGCAUAAGUGACUACAUCAUCCGAACCCAGCCCACGGAAGGAUGCCUCAGCACACUAGAGACCGCAGCGCAAUGCCUGGCCGUGCUCGAGUCUCGGCCAGAGCUAAGGCAAACGCUUGUGCGACCGCUGCACACGCUGUGCAAGUACCAACUCGACAACGGAGCCGUGGAGCACCAGUCUAAGGAGUUUCUAUUGAAGAACAACCAAUAUCCCAAGCCCAUUGGCAAGCGGCUCAGCCGACUGCUUAGAAACACCGCUUGCGAUGGCAAUGAAGAAACGUGAUAGCCAGGGCAGAAAACACAGGAUAUGUUGCAUGUGCCUGUGCUUUAUAACAAACUUUGUGUUCCGGUCGUAGCCGUAUUUCAUUUGGUAACGCUAAUAUAAUACUUUUCUACUGAUAAGUCCAA